AUGCAAUCAUCGAGGCAUCAUCAGCUGCUGCCCGUCCUCCUUCCCUCGUGCGGCGGCCUCGACGCCGCCAGAGCACACAAGCGGGCGCGAACCUGCGCCGACGAGGUGGUGGCCUUCUCCCUCCUGGACGUAGAGGAGCCCUUCCUGCCUGGUGUCCCUCCUUUCCCGACGCCCCACUACAACAACCACAACAACAACAACCACUACAACCGCUACAACCACUACUCCUACACUGAGCACGGGGACGGCGGCGGCUGCUGUCUACCACAGCCUGAGGACCACGUGGACUUGGACCAGGAGUGGAACGAGAUCCUGCAGCAGCUCACUGACCUGUCCCCUCUCUUGCCACCGUGGUUGCAACCCAGUGCCACCGCCACCGCCACCACCGCCACCGUUCCCUCCUCACCCACCUCCACCACCGCCACGACAAGUCCCUCAGCUUCCGCGGGCUCCCCCUGGAACACGGCGACCACCACCACCUCCCUUCCCUCCACGCCCAUCACCACCGCCGCCUCCACGACGACGACGACGGCCGGCGGCUCGUCGAUCGAGAUCGACCUCUGCCACAAGCCGCGUGGUUCUGGCGGGGUGUGGUUCCCGCUUGAACAGGACCAGCCCCUCAGGGUGACCAAGGGGAUGGGCAAGCGUUUGCGGGUGGCAGUCCACUCCCGGCGGCCCUUCGCGUGGGAGGAGCUCACCCUCACGCUGGUCGACCUCACCACGGGGCGCACGUGUCCCGAGAUGCUCUCCUUCCCACACAAGAGCACCCUCAAGGAGGAGCCCGACGGGAGCACGCGCGCCGAGGUGGAGGUAAAGAUCGAACGCCUCUGCAGCCGCCUCUACAUCCGCGUGGCCAUCGCUGCGGCCCCGAGCGGCGGCGGCGGCGGCGGGUGGACAUGGGAGGGUCGGUCAGGCUCCUUCCUCACCCACAACAACGGCAACAUCGGGCGCAAGCGGAAGAUCCCGCCCGCCAAGGGCGAAGCCCAGCAACAACAACAACAACGACGACCAGGCCACGCCGACGAGGAAGAAGAGGCCGACAGCAACAACCGCCGAGCCUGA